UCGCAUAUACAUUCCAUUUAUAGAGGCUAGGGGGAGAGAGGAAAACUGAUAUCUCGUCGACAUCAUGGCGACGAUCCAUGAUGAGGAUGGGAAGGCGAGCAGCAGGGAGGAGGAGGAGGUGAAAAAAGUCCCCACGCAAGAAGAAGGUGGCUUACAUUCUUCCGUACCGUUGGUGCAGCACGGAAACUUCUGGAUCAGUCCCCAUCUCCUCAAGAGCAUCCAGCUCGUGCAGGAGGAGUUCGUGCCGCGGGCCACCGACGUCAUCCUUGCCACCUUCCCAAAGUGUGGCACCACCUGGCUGAAGGCGCUCGCCUUUACGAUCACCAACCGCUCCCGCCACAUGUUAGCUGAUCAUCCCUUGCUCACUCACCACCCUCAGGACACUGUGCCAUUCCUCGAGCUGCCCAACCGGCAGAUCCAGCCUCUUUCCGAACUUGAAGCCAUCCCCUCACCGAGGCUCCUUGCUACCCACUUACCUUUUUCACUGCUGCCAGCAUCGGUGACUGCCGUUGGUUCACGGGUCGUCUACAUGUGCCGUGAGCCCAAGGACGUGUUUGUGUCCAAGUGGCAUUUCGAGAAUCGGGUCACUGAGAAGCUCGUUGUCGAGCUAGGCUUGUCUUUCCAUUUGUUUUGCGAAGGGGUCUCUGUUUGGGGUCCCAUCUGGAACCACUAUCUCGAGUAUUGGAAUGAGAGCAAGGCAAGGCCAGACAAGGUUCUCUUCUUGAAGUACGAGGAGAUGAUGUCUGAUCCUGUAAAAGAAGUGAAGAGGCUCGCCGAGUUCCUUGGUGCUCCGUUUACCGACACCGAGGAGAGGAGUGGUGUGGUCGACGAAGUGGUGAAGCUGUGCAGCUUUGAGCAUCUAACAAGCUUGGAGGUCAACUCCACUGGAGUUGCUGAUCGGAUUGGUGGGUUUCCAAUGGAGAAUUCUACAUAUUUCAGGCGUGGGAAGGUAGGAGACUGGGAGAACCACCUGAGUGCUGAGAUGGCGCAGCAGUUGGACUCCAUCGUAGAGGAGAAGCUGAAGGGCUCUGGCCUCACCUUCCUCGUCAUGGCCACGAUCCAUGGUGAGGAUGAGAAGACGAGGUGCAGGACGGCGGAGGAGGAGGAUGUGAAAAAAGGCCUCAUGCAAGAAGAAGGUAGCUUACUUUCUUCCGAAAUGCCACCGUUGGUUCAGCACCAAAACUUCUGGGUCAGUCCCAAGCUCUUCAAGAGCAUGCAGCUCGUGCAGGAGGAGUUCGUGCCGAGGGCCGACGACAUCAUCCUUGCCACCUACCCCAAGUGCGGCACCACCUGGCUGAAGGCGCUCGCCUUUGCGAUCACCAACCGCUCCCGCCACAUGCUAGCUCAUCACCCCCUUCUCACUCGCCACCCUCAGGACACCGUGCCGUUCCUCGAGCUGCCUAACCGGCGGAUCCAGCCUCUUGCCGAACUCGAAGCCAUCUCCUCGCUGAGGCUCCUCGCCACCCACUUACCUUUCCCGCUGCUGCCAGCAUCGGUGACUGCCGUUGGUUCACGGGUCGUCUACAUGUGCCGUGACCCCAAGGAUGUGUUUGUGUCCAAAUGGCACUUCGAGAAUCGGAUGAGUGAGAAGCUCUUCAUCGAGCUGGGUUUGUCUUUCCAUUUAUUCUGCGAAGGGAUCUCUGUUUGCGGCCCCAUCUGGAACCACUAUCUCGAGUAUUGGAAUGAGAGCAAGGCAAGGCCGGACAAGGUUCUCUUCUUGAAGUACGAGGAGAUGAUGUCAGAUCCUGUAAAACAAGUGAAGAGGCUCGCUGAGUUCCUCGGUGCUCCGUUCACCGACACCGAGGAGAGGAGUGGUGUGGUCGACGAAGUGGUGAAGCUGUGCAGCUUUGAGCAUUUAACAAGCUUGGAGGUCAACUCCACUGGAGUUGCUGAUCUGAUUGGUGGGUUUCCAAUGGAGAAUUCUACAUAUUUCAGGCGUGGGAAGGUGGGAGAUUGGGAGAACCACCUGAGUGCUGAGAUGGCGCAGCAGUUGGACUCCAUUGUCGAGGAGAAGCUGAAGGGCUGUGGCCUCACCUUCUGAAUACCACACAUGCUCCCAUCAACCUUGUUUCAUUUCGUUGCAGUCUGGGUUUUAGUCCACAUCUAUGCACGGCUAUAUGCAAGAUUGAAUAAUUCUCCACUUGCUCAUGCUAUCUUUGAUCUUUGUUAAU